AUGGUCUCCGUCCUGACCCUCGGAGCAAUGGUCGGCGCAUUCGCAAACGGCCCCAUCGCCGACCGUCUUUCUCGCCGCUGGUCAAUUCACCUCGCUAACACCAUCUUCCUGGUCGGCUCCAUUAUUCACGCUGCCGUAAUCAAUAUUGUAAUGAUCUUCAUCGGCCGAUUCGUGGCUGGUUUGGCUGUUGGUCAACUGUCGAUGAUCCUGGCCCCUUCGAAUCUUCGGGGUAGCCUCGUCUCGCUGCAGCAGCUGAGCAUCACACUGAAUAUUAUGGUUGCUUCCUGGCUCGACUAUGGCACGCAGCAUAUUGGUGGGACGGGUGAUGGCCAGUCUCCAGUUGCGUGGAGAUUACCGCUUGCUCUGCAGUGUGUUCCCUCUUUGCUCCUAGCAGCUGGGACAUCCUUUUUACCAUAUAGUCCGAGAUGGCUAUUGCUGAAAGACCGCGAAGAAGAAGCCCACGCAGCAUUGCUCCUCGAAAUCAAGGCGGCAGCUCAAUUCAACAACGAAACAGUUGCUAUUCUAUAUCCAAGCGCAAAGACAAAUUUUGAACUCACCCUCGGACGAUACAAGGCCUUGUUUAUCACGAGUCACCUUCGACACCGUCUUGUAAUCACCUAUCUAAUGCAAGUAAUUCAGCAAUUCACCGGAAUCAACGCGAUCAUGUACUACGCACCAGAAAUCUUCGAAAGCAUCGGUCUUUCUGGAAACUCGGUGGAUUUACUGGCAACUGGUGUGAUUGGAGUAGUCAACUUUUUCUCGACCAUUCCGGCGAUUAUGUUCAUGGAUCGCUGGGGACGCACGAAAGUUCUGAUUGUGGGUGGAAUUGGUAUGUCGAUCUCUCAGCUUAUUGUGGGUACUAUCUACGCAGUCUAUAAGGACUCGUGGGAUACGCACAAAGCUGCUGGCUGGGCUGCUGCUGUUUUUUUUUUGGGUUAUUUGAUGUGUGAAUUGGAUUAUUCCGUCCGAGAUUUUUUCCUCCUGGCAGUCGGACUCGCUAUUGAAACGAACUGGCUGAGCAAUGUGAGAUAUGCACCCUGUCCCUGGUCAUGGACAUGUCUAACUGAUUUGAUCCAGUUCGUCGUUGCUUUGAUUAUCCCGCGAAUGCUCGCCAGCAUCAAAUUCGGAACUUUUUACUUCUUCCUUGCAUUCUGUCUUUUCCUUAUUCUAUGGGUGCUCUUCCUGGUUCCCGAAACGAAAGGCGUCGGCAUUGUGGAAAUGGUCAAGUUGUUCGGAGGUAGCCAGGGAGAAGCCGAUGUGGCCCUAAUGGCAGAUAUCAGAAGGAGACUUGGGAUCGACUUGGGUGGUGCACCGGCAUUGAAAGGGGCAGUUCAUAUAGGAUCUAGGUUGUAA